AUGGGUUUCUUCGACCAGUUUUUCUUAAGCUCCCAACAAUGGGAAAACCAGGAGAAAACCGAAUUGCCCGCAGACGUCCCUGCGGUGGACGAAGUCGGAGCUACCUCCGCUCCUCUCUUAAGUGCUUCAUACUUCAUUGGAGCCCGUUGUAAGCCUUACAAUGACGACUUCAUGUUGUGUAAAGAUGAGAACAACGGUGGUACUGUUGAGUGUUUGAAAGAGGGCCGUAGAGUUACUCGUUGUGCCAUCUCUGUGUUGAAUGACAUAAAUAGGUACUGCUUUGACGAGUUCAAGUUGCAUUACGAAUGUCUUGAGCAAGAAAACCACAGACUCGGAAGCUGCAGAGCCACAGAAAAGAUCUUCAACAAGUGUGUAUUCGACAACAUGAAGUUGGAGAAGAAGGUACCCGGUGUGGACCAACAGAUCCACUUGAAGGAGGACCGUAUCUACACCGGCACUGGCUACGAUGCCAAGGCUGCCAAGGCUUUCUUGGACGCUAAGGCUGCUCCUGCCGCUGCUGCUUCUGAGCCUUCUGCUUAA